AGUUUCAUCAAUAUCACUGACAACUAACGUGCAACGUUAGUCACUUGCUACUGACGAAAUUCUUGGUCAAAUGGUGACUGACGGAGUACGAUGCAACACGAUACCUGUUGCCGAGCUCCGUCAAUACGCUUUGACCGAUCAAGUAGGCUGUAAAAAUGUCCGUAACGAAUUGUUGAUUGUCGUAGAUUGUAUUUAAUUUUCAACGAGCAAAGUUACGAUUUCCGUUCCGGUUGUUGAGUUUGAUUUUUGUUUAAAGAAUUAUUAUGCCGAUCGGUGAGAACAGUAGUGUGGGGUGUUCCUCUAUGCAGAGAAAGCGAGCUCACGGCAGGAAAAGUUUUGCCGAAAUUGCCAAAGAGUGUUGCAAAAUCGAAGGCAUUAAAUAUUAUUGUGCUAUUGAUCCUGACAGUGGUUGUACUUAUAUACAGGAGAAUUUCGAUUCAGGAAAUUUGGUACGACACUUCCGGAACAAACAUAAAACGGCAGCGGAAAUUAAAGGGCUCUUUCCCGAUGGAAAUCAAGAAAAAAGGUCACGAGUAAUCACUAAGCGCCUUGUUUCCGUCGACAAGCGAACGUAUGUCGAAGGAACCAUAAAGCUUGUCACGCAACACAACCUGCCUUUGAACUGCUUUCAAUGGGAGGGUCUGAAAAUGUUGCUUGAUCCUAUAGCAGAUGCUGUGAACAUAAAAGUAUCCAGAUCAAACAUCAAGGUUUGGAUUUCUGCAGCAGCUAACAAACUAAAAUCAAUAAUGGCAGUCGAAAUGAAACACAAGCUGGUAUCUAUCAAAUUGGAUUCUGCAUCACGGCAUGGUCGUCACGUUCUCGGAAUCAACGCACAGUACGAACUCAACGGAAAAUUGGUGAUUCGAACCUUGGGAAUGAUUGAAGUAGACCAGAGACAAACUGCUGUGUUUUUGCGUGAUAAAGUAUUGGAAACAUUGCGUGUCUAUGAUUUGAAGUUGGAUCAAAUCUUUAGCAUUACGGUGGACAACGGCAGCAACAUGGUUGCUGCCGUAAAAAAAAUUAAAUCUUUGCUGAAUGAGUCCAUUGCAGUAUCGACUUUAUUGUUCGAAGAUGAUGAGAACAUACCACAGGAAAGAGACCUCAUUGAAGAGCUUGAGCUAGAGUGGGAUGCACGGUUAUCCCUUGUUCGGUGCGCGGUUCAUUCCCUCCAACUUGCGAUUGCGGAUGUUUUUGAUAAAGCUGAUCCGAAUCUUAAAUGCAUCACGGAAGUAGUACGUCAUCUACGUCAAAUUAAAUAUAAAUCAUUCGUCGAGGUUCAACAACUUGCCCUCCCUCCGCUCUGGUCACCAACAACACGUUGGGGCGGUAAAUACAAAAUGUUGUCUAGCAUUUUAAAGCAAGAAGCGAAAUUUGUUGAACUGGGAACUCAGUAUUCUGAAAUGUGUUUGGGCAAGGAUGAUUGGAGAUUUAUCAGAGAUUACGUUGAUGCUACCAGGCCGUUAUAUCACUGUACAAAGGUUAUGCAGGCCGAUCAUUAUCCCUUGUCACAAUUCUACAUCGACUGGUUGGUUGCCAUUCAGGAGAAUUUUAUUGCAGAUACUUGGAAACGAAUUCGCUCUCUAAGCCCAGUGGUGUCUUCUGAUGAAAAGGAACACACGAAUGCAUUUGACUUUAACGACAAAGUCGAUGAUAUAUUGACCAAAAUGUUUGGUGGGACAUUCAAUACAAGCUCUGACAAUUCUUCAACUUUUUAUAAUCAAAUAAGAGCUUUGGAUACACAGGAUCGUCAGCCCCAUACUUUCAAUGUGUGGAAACACUGGGUAGUUCGUAAAUAUACCCACCCGGAACUACACUCCGUAGCUAUGGUUGUUUUGGCUACACCAUCCAGUCAGGUAUCGGUUGAAAGAGCGUUCAGUGCAUUGGCGAUAAUCCUUUCUGAUCAGAGAACUGGUUUAGGAGCGGAAACCCUUUCUAAUAUUCUUCUAGUCAAAUUGAACAAGGAUCUUUCAGAUAAGGUUAUGUCAGACCUUUACAUCUGGAACGACACAAUCACAGAGAUGAAUUCAAACAACUAGAUUGCAAGACAGGUUUUAUAUUACUAGAUAUAUGUUAAGGGUUAUUAUAUGAGAACAGAUGUUUGUUGA